AUCAGUAAAUACGGUAUUUAGGAUACCGUUUCGGUGGUCCUCUAUCAAACUUUUUCCACUGUGCUCAGCACCACGCACACGCAUGGAUAAUAAUUAUGUUGCGUCGGCUGGUCGAGCUGUGCUCGAAAUGAUGCAGCGUGAAUGGGAGCCUCUUUCUCAAGAUGAACUGGAGCAGCGAUUGGACCAAGCUGUGGAAGAUAUUCUGGAAGCUGACCUCCUAGCAAAGGUUCAGGCCCAGCCCGGACCAAUCUACCUACAACUGUCUCAGCUGGUGGAAGAACCUCAACUGCAAAACCAAAUUCGGUCGACAACAGAACUUGCAACACUUUCUCAUGUAGAAGAGGAGUCUGAAUUUCAACAGUCAACUGAUGCUGAGGAAAACGCUGCAGUUCAGUACAUUACAGAUCUCCUCCAGAAUUCAAACUCAAGAUACAAUCAGAGCCGUAUGGCAGGACGUGCCCGCUUAUCCCUGUCCCACACUGUUCUCCUGUCCCUCACCCUCCUCUCCAAGCGCCUCAGCUAUCGCUCUGUGUCUACCAGUUUCCGCCUGGAGAAAGGAAACAUCCAUAGGAUCUUCUUUUCCUUUUGUGAGCGUGUGAACACACUUGAGGACCAACAAAUUAGAUGGCCGACUGGCAUUGAUGCUGUUGAAAACCUCCCCCCCCUCUCCAGCCUGCUGGGGAAAGCCAAUGGCCUGGAAGAGAAGGGUGUCCCCAGGGUCCUGGGAGUCUUGGGGCACACCCGCAUCCCCAUCCGCCUGCCAAUUGGCAAACAGGAUGUGGAGAGCAUGGUGACAGAGGUAAAGAGGAUAAAGAAGGAGGCCCAUCCCGACUCCUGGCUGAACCUGGAGCUGGUUUGUAACCAUACAGGCAGGUUGAUACACUGCAGAAUCAGCAAGGGAUCAGACCUGGACAGAGCCAGUGCUCUGAGGGACAAACUCAAACAGCUCCCUGAGAUGAUGCCCCCAGAGACCUGCCUAGUGGCUAGAGUUGGAUAUCCAGCCUCUGUCCAGAUAUUGACCCCGUACGUAGUGGGCCGUGGCCCCAGGGGAAAUCUUUACAACAGGACCCUGGAAGCCCAUUUUUACCUCCUGGAUCAGGCUGUGGCUGACCUGAAAGCCAGAUUCGAAAGGCUCAGGUAUUUGGACAUGGGGAACUAUGAGAGAGCCAAAGCAGUUGUCCUGACUGCCUGCAUACUCCACAAUGUAUUUCUGGACAUGGGGGAAGUGGUCAAGGGACAGGUUGAGAGGGAGGCUGGGACACAAGAGGGAGAGGGGGAGUGUGAUGAGGAGGGUGUGAGGAGAAGGGAAGCCAUCGCAGAUCUGCUGUACAAAGAGUUGGAUUCUGGAAGUACGUAAAGUGAUUUAUAAUUUUUGUGUUUGUAUUGAGAUAAACAGCAUUUAUAUUGUAUAUUUUAUUAAAAGGAAGAGUGUCACAGCAA